AUGUGCUCAGAAGAAGACGAUUACAAGGAGAUACGAGGAAUGGUAGCAGAUCUUCAGGAGACAGCGCAAAAAGCAUCGCUCUUCUCGUUAAAGCGUGAUGAUGGUAAAAUUGGUUGGCGCACAACUGAUGGCGACGUCGAUCCUCAUUCCUUUCGCCCAGACGUCGAUCCUCAUUCCUUUCGCCCAGACGUCGAUCCUCAUUUCUUUAGCACAGACCUCGAUCUUCAUUCCUUUCGCCCAGACGUCGAUCUUCAUUCCUUUUACCCAGACGCCGAUCCUCAUUCCUUUUGCCUAGACGUCGAUCCUCAUUCCUUUCGCCCAGACGUCGAUCCUCAUUCCUUCCUUUUCCUUAACCUCGAUCUUCAUUCCUUUCGCCCAGACGUCGAUCCUCAUUCCUUUCGCCCAGACGUCGAUCCUCAUUCCUUUCGCCCAGACAUCGAUCCUCAUUCCUUUUGCCCAGACGUCGAUCCUCAUUUCUUUAGCCCAGACGUCGAUCUUCAUUACUUUCGCCUAGAUGUCGAUCCUCAUUCCUUUCGCCCAGACAUCGAUCCUCAUUCCUUUCGCUUAGACAGUUGCUCUUUAGUUAUGAUUCUUUAUAUAAUCAUUUAUUUACUGUGGCAUAUUUCACCUCUUCUGUCUUUCUUUUUUUCAUUCUUUCUUUCUUUCUUUCUUUCUUUCUUUCUUUCUUUCUUUCUUUCUUCUCUCUAUUUCUCAAUCAUUUCUUCUUUCCUCUAUCUUUGUUUCUUCAUUUAA